UAUUAGCCAAGGAGCCAAACCGUAAGAUGGAAAUGUCUCUUAGGCGCUCAAUCAAACACAGAAAUCGCUGACUUCUGGAGCGGAUUCAAAGCUUUUCUUGUGACUUCUUUAUGGCUCAGAAAGUGGAGAGAAAUGCUAAAAUGGCUUGCAAAAAGGAUGAUGAUCACUGGGCUUUUCUGGAAGAAAUCGAAGCACCUAUGUGGGUAGAUCUCACUCUAGAAGCUAACUUCAACAACCAAGACAUCAAUAAUAAGUGGUUCCGCACAAGCCACCCGUUCCACCAGUGUUCUUCUCACCAAUUAAAAUCUGCAUUUUCUCAUUCUGGUGAGGGUAUUACAUCCUCAGACUUACAGGGAUCAACAUCACCAAAAAUUCCACCGUCAGUCUCAAGAUCAAGAGGGAAAGAGUAUAGGAGCAAGAAAUGGAAAGCGGAAAAUCAUGAUUUCGCAUCAAGUAUGAAGCAUCCAAUCAAGGUUUUAAGUGGGAAAUCUUAUUUGGUAGAUCCACAAUGUGGUGAGAAAAUAAAACCUAAAUCAGGCUUUAUAAAUUUAAAAGGAACUUCCAUGUCAAAAUCACGUUCUGUUUGCGAAAGUAGUCUAACCGGAAAUUCCAUACCGAGUUGCUCUAAACCUGUAUCCACUUGUGGGGAUCCUGCAAGUAGGUUGAGUUCUAUGGGAAACAAGACCUGUGAAAGCAAUACAAGCACCAUUACAUCUCAGAGCAGUCAGCAACAAGAGCAGAAUUACACAGAGGUAUCCACUAUUCCACUUUUGUCAGAUAUGAGGAUUAGUCUUAGGAAAAGCUGUAGUACAAGACAAGCACCAAGGGUGGAGAUGAAUAAUGAUAAAAGGCUGUCAAGAGGCCGCAAAUCAUCAUCUGGCAUAUCCAGUGUAGGGUCAUCAUCAAACCCUUGUUAUGAUGCUAGGAGCUCAACAUCUACAUCACUAAGUCAGAGAGUAAUAACCCCAGAUAGCAGAAAUGUAAUGAGGAUGACUUAUGCAGCAAAGAACAAGGUAAAAAAUUUGAGUGUAUACAGGGCAUCAACCAUUAAAAUUGAAGAAGUGAGCUGCAAUUCUAGAAGGGGAACUAAAAUCAACCUUGUAAAGUCAGUCCACCAGGAAGCUGCAAAGCCAAGAGCUUUGGUGCCACUUGGAGUUAAUGAGCAAGAGUCGUCGUUUACUGCUGCAGUAAAAUCUAAGGAGAAAAUGAGAGCAGGCAGGUUUAAAAGAUUGGCAGGUGAUGGAAAAGAGAAUGCCACAGGGAGAAUGAGUGUGAGUCAGAAAUGCAGUGGCAAAGGCAUUGCUGCUGUAGCCAUGAUUAAGGAUCAGAAAUGGACAAAACAGAGUGUUCGACAUAAGGGUGGGGCAGGAUUGGUUGGUUCACAGGGAAAAGUAACCGUUCGGUGCGAAGAGAAUAAUAAACCUGCGAAGGUGACCCAAAGGGGUACGAAGAGAAUUGUAAACCCGAGACGGCCUAGCUUCGACGAGAGAAGAGCAUGGCAGCACACCGGGUUGUGUACAGUACAAACCUAGCAUCUUUCUUACCCCCACAGGGGGGAACAAACUUGGAUAUGGGUGUCAAACUUUUAGUGUUUUUUCGGCUUUAAACUUCACAGACAUAUCUCUGACCCAGAGGAUUCUCAGUGUUUUUGUGAAUGGUUUUCUAAUUGUA